AUGACUCAAAAAACCGAAUCUCCAAUUGAUUCUCCAUCACCGAGAACAUCAAUGAAUGGAAUGAGUGGGGCAAUUCGUUCACCUCCACCGCCAGUUGCACCAAAACCAGCUCACAUCUCACCAAGACCAAGCAACGAUGCCCCAGUGUCGCCUGUAAAGCCUGAACGUCAACAAAGCGAGCAACAAAAUGGAGAGAAAGUGGAGGAUAUCGACGAGAAGAGACUGAAUCGAAAAGCUUAUGAUUAUCUGUGUCGAUUAUCGGAAGUUCGAAAUUGGCUAGUUGAAUGUCUUCGUGAUGAUUCGAUUUCUCCUGCAACAACUCUUGAAAGAGCUCUUCAAAAUGGUGUCCUUUUGGCAAGGAUUGCGAAUUUCUUUGCACCCGAUGUUGUCCCCACAACAGCUAUUUACGAUCUUGAUCAGAACAAAUACGAGACUCGUUUGGCGGCCGAUCCGGAGAACCCGGAAAACGCUCUUGUCUACAGACACACCGAUAACAUUGUUCUUUGGAGGAAAGGACUCGAAAGUAUUCGACUACCUGAAAUUCUCAUUCCCGAAACAGCUGAUGUGUAUGAGGGAAGAAACGCUAAGACAGUUUUUUGCUUGUACGCUCUCGCUCGUCAACUCCAUCGAAUGAGAAGGGCUCCGCCAAUUAGGAAUGUGGCCGGAAAAGCGAUAUUCACAAACGACGAACUUGACGAAGUGAUGGAUCGAGUGAAAGAACUACCAGAGUUUUCCGAUGUUGGCUCAUAUUUGGGAGGUGGAUCAAGAAAACAAGAAGAUGACGAGAUCGUGAGAGAAGCAAUGAAUCGAAUUGAGGAAGCUGUCAGGAAUAAGGACAAAGACGCUCUCUUGUCGGGUCUUCAAAAUGUAAAUGCUCAAUUGUUAUUUGUCGAGGUUGAGUUGAUCGAUCGAUAUGAGCCUGAAUUGGUGGAAUCGCUCACAAAAAAUGGAAAUCUUUCAAGGAAAUCUGUACAAGAAAUCAUCACAAACACAAAUAUUAACUGCGGCUUACAACAAUUGGAAGAAAUUUUGAAGGGUGGAGAAACAUCAACAUCUCGAGUUCUGGACGCGUUGAUGUGGCUGCAAUUUGAGGAUUCGAGGGAAAGUGCUGUGCCCCUUUACAUUUCGCUCCUCAAGAAAAGCCUCGACAAGCACAAAAAUCUCGAUCGAGAGCUCGUUGAUAAAGCAAUUAAAGAAGGAAAUGCUCUGCUUGAAGUGAAAUUGGCGGCUCUUCACGGAAAUUCUCAUGAUUCAUUGAUUGCAUUGAAGAACCCCGUUCUAUCACUUGAAACAAACGAAGAAAAUGCGGCUUUAUAUCAUAAUAGAUUGGUCUAUAAUUAUGGGAAAAGAGCCGAUGAUUUCUUCUUGAUGAGAACCGAUCUUGAGAAUCUUGUCUUUGAUCUGAAUGAUAUGUCACCAGAGCAGCGAAAGAUACUGGAGGUACGCGGAGCUCUCCGAGACGGUGAUCGAGAGAUUCUUUCAUCGCUUCUCACUCAACUUUACCCCGAUUUCUUCAUUCACGAUCAUUUGGAUUUUUAUCUCAAGAAACUUCAUGGGAAAGAGGAUCAAAUAAGUGGAAAUGAAUUGAGAAUAAUCAUGGAAGAAACCAAUCAAUCGGUCUCAAACGCGUACGAAACGGCUGAACUUUUGGUGAUCAUGAACGAUAGUUUGAUUAGAGGAGAUGGAGAGAAGGCUGGAGCCACACUGCAAGUCCUUUCAACAAGAGAGCCAGAUGAGUUCACAAGUUUCCGCCAGGAUUUUAUCAAGUUGUAUGUGGAAUAUUUGAUUGAAGAAAUUACAACGAGAACACCGAAGAAAACACUGAAGAUUGGUGAAGGAGCACAACCAGAACAGGAAGAAUGGUUUUGGCAUGAUUUCUCGUUGGGAACCAUCUCUGUUGAGAUAAAUGAGAAGAAAUUCGCUGUGGGAAAACGUGAACCAAAAAAGAAUGGAUAUAUUGAUGGAAAUGAAUUGAAUAAAGUAUUCUUCGAGCAAAAUUUGGCCGAAGAGGAGCGACAGAAAAGAGAAAUCGAGGAGAAUCAAAGUGAAGGACGGAGAAAUGAAGCAGCGGCAACGAUUCAACAUGGAUACAAAAGUUGGAAACACAAGAAAGAUCACGAUUUAUUGUGGUCCUCCGAAGCUCCAUCGCUCUCACUCGUUCGCAAAUUUUUACCCUCGCAAACGGAACAAACAGCUCAAAUUGAUGAGCAAAUUGCGAUCGAAGAACAAAAAUCGGAAGUGACACAACUAUUGGCCGCAAAUCAUCAACUUGAUGGGCAUCUACAGGAACUUGAUGAGAAAAUCGGUCUUCUAAUCAAAAAUCGAAUCAAUCUACAGGAAGUGGUCGCUCAUAAACAAAAGAUUCACGAUUCGGCCGACAAAUUCCAACUCAGACAGUUCACGUUAAAGAAAAAGGAGAAAGAACUCACGGAUCGUCUCGGCCAACUUUUCUUUGCUCUUCAAGCCGAACCUCAUCUUCUCGCCAACUUGUUAUUGGCAGCUAAUCCGGAGAAGCGCGAGGGUGUAAUCACAAAGAUCAUCGCUCCAGUUUUCGGUCAUCUCUCCGAAAAUCGAGAACAAUAUUUGGCGGUUGGACUUCUAUGUGAACUUUUAUUGAAAGGGGUCGAAUCAUCUCUUUCUCCAGAGGAUGUCAUUUCAUCUAAACCCCUGCAAAUCGUUUCAUUGGCUCUUGGGAAUGAACUCUUCUCUCCACUUGUCAGUCAAAUUACACAAGGACACGUUGUCGAUGAUCUAAGAGAAUUCCUACAAGAACAAGGAAAAAUUGAGGCUUUCAACUUGAAUCCGGAUGAAAUCUACUUGUCGAUUUAUGGCCAAAAGCCGACCGAUACAAACGCGGCUGUACAGUGUCCACACGUUGAACAGGUCCUUGAGUCAUCAAAAUCCUUCCUUGCACACUGGAGUGAAAGGUUGAGCGAAUCGAUCACAAAGGGUCACAAAUUAACAAAAGGACUCCGUUUCGUUUGCCUCUCAUUUCAAUCGAGUCUUCGUGCCAAGUUCCCAGCCACUUCCGCCGUUCUCAUCGACAAGAUCAUUGCACAAUUUGUCUAUGAGAGUGUAAUUCGAGCUCAACUGCACUCGUUGGAAGCGUUGAAAGGAAUCAUUGGAAAGGAUGUACCAGAAGAUGCACAACGAAAACUGGAGGCCCUUUUGACGUUCAUCGGUUUUGCUGUUGCAAAUAAAGGGUAUGGAUCGGUAAAAUGGUACCUCACCUCGUUAAAUCGACAAAUUCACACGAUUCACGAAGGAUUCAGAGGUUCAAUUUCAAAACAAUUGGGUGAAGAGAGUGCCGAGAGAUUAUUCGGAUUGAAUCGCUUCACUCAUUUUGAUCCUGCUCAUAAACCAUCACUUUCAAUUCUUGGUUCUGAAUUAAAGAGAGUGAUUGAAUAUGUGCACAAACAUCACAAAGAGAUGUCAACGGAUGAGGUGUUCACAAAAUUAUCGAAAGCAUGUAAAUCUCCGCAUGAUUCCGAGGCUGAUCGCAUUCUCAUUCUUCAUCUUCACCCACCGUCUUGGGCCAAUGAGGCAACGGAAUCUCAUGAACUGUUUGUUAGAACAAAGCGGCAACUUGUCGAGCUUCUUCUAUCAGGUGUUCAAGGGGGAACCGUUUCUGAAUUAAUCAAUGCAUCGAUUAGCGAAGAAAACGAACACCUUCAUUUGGCCAUUUUUGCGGAAGGCGCUUCACUUAAAGAAGUUCAAGCUAGUGCAAAGGAGAAUCUCGAGAAAUUGGCGAAAGAGGGGCGAAGCAACAAAGAAGAUGAUUAUCAAACACUGGUCACCGAUAUUGCUAAUGAUAUUCGAUUGGCGACAAGGCGGCGAAAGGAGAGAGCCGAACAACAACAAAGUCUCGAUGAAACGAGGAAAAGAUUGGAGACACAAAGGGGAGAAUUGAAGGAACGUUUAUCUCAUUACGAGGAAUAUCUGGAUACCUGUUUGGAGAAUCUCUCUCGCAAUUCAAAGCGUCUCUCUUUUCGACCAACAUCAGGCAAAGCGGAGAAGAUUCACAAAGUGAGAAUGUCGACAGACACAAAAGAAAUGAGUUACAAAGCCUCGGGAGACAAGCUACACAAAAAGGGAAUCCUUUGGACAGUUGAUAGAUAUGAGCACAAGUUCUCUAAACUUUCCUUCAUUAUUCAAGGCACAGAAAAUAAAGGAAUCUUCAAAAUUUCGAUUACCGAUGGGAAAGAGCUCAAUCUACAAGGGGAUUUGGAUCUACAGGAUCUCCUUCAAGCCGAAUAUUCGGAAGAGCAUGACUAUCGUUUUGUUGAUGUUGUUGUCUUCAAAACUUCUCCACUCAUCGUUCUCCUUAAUAAAAAAUUCUACGACAAA